AUGCAGCCGGGGCCCACUGCCAGUGAGCGACAUUUGGCGCUCAAGGAUAGCCAUGGCAAUACGCGAAAAUCGACGAACAGAAAACGUUCGUUUUGGGAUGCUUCGGACGAAGUUCAUGGGAUGUCUAUCGGGACGUCGUUAACUGUUGGCUUCCUUUCAGAUUCAGCAGUCAGAUCCCUCCGACCUCGUGUCCCCUCAGAGGCCUUUUUAACAUCCAUCCUUAUCCUGGCGAAUUGCUUUUCUCUUUUCUCGUUCCUUCACAAAAUGUUCAAGUGGGGUAAAUCCAAGCGCGACAGCAAAACUUCCAUAGCGUCGUCCCGAUACGAGCCCAAGACGCCCAAGUUAACCAGCGUCUCUCUUCCCGACGGACGAUAUACACCCAUCGAUUUUCAAGAAUCAACAGAAAAGCCAAUCAGCAACCUUCUGUUUCGACAUUUCUCACCUGACAGACGACCGGACGUCUCGGUUUCGAGAUCACGGCGCACACCUGUAGACACUAGCAGGGCGCGAGUAUCAUCGUCUGGACAUGUCGAAGCACCACGGCCCAUUCGACCACACCCUUCCCAGGGAGCCUACCUCCCCAUACUGGACCAUCGCGACAGAGAUGUCAUCGAUCCUACACGGAAGCCGAUCUCAGUUCCUUCAGCCCAGUAUCUUGAGGCGCAGAUUCGAAACCUUCCUCCUACCCCCGCCGUCGCACACAAUACACGUCAGCUCCUCAACGCUGAUGUCGACUAUCCAGAGGAGAAGCGACUGAAGGAGAUUGCAAAGAGGAAUGGUGACGUCGUCAAUCGAGAUUUGCUUAAGACCUAUCCUGACCCAAAAAACCAGAAAAACUCAUCAACACCGGCGUUAAAGAAUGAAUCAUCGAAGAGGAGCAAGGUGCCCGUCGAUUUUGAGAAUUGGAAGGGCGUUCCUGUGUCAACAACCCCAGUAAUACCGUUCCCGGAAAAUAAUGGAAAGGGACCUCUGAAAUCCGCUUUAAAAAAAUCGACAGCUACCACUCCCCCAAUUAAGCCCACCACUGCCCCGAUCAAGUCUGCGAUGAAGAAGGAGAGCAGCUACGAUACUGGAAAAUCGUACUAUUCAGAAGACGAGUAUUCUCGACGCAAGGACGUCACACCUUCAAAAGCUUGGCUGGAAGUGCAGCAUGAGAAACGUCAAGAUGAGGAGAGAGCUCGACGCUCAUCAACAUCCCGAGUGCCACCACCAGUGGUGGUCGACCAUCCUGCAGUCUAUGGCCCAAAUGCUUUCCCGUCAAGUAAUAGCACAACCCCUUCCCCGACAGAAAUGGGGCAUGAUUAUCACCGCAGGCGGCGAGCGAGUCAAUCAUCCGAACCGGCGAUCUUCAAUAGUAGGAACUAUCUUCCCGCAUACAUCAGGGAGCGAGUGGAGCAGCAGGCUAGGCAGGAUAAGAAGGACUUCUGGGACCGGGUCGAGAAGUUUGGAAAGGGUACACCAACACACCCGCAAUUGGAAUGGCCGCUAGUCGACUAUUCCAUUCGAAUGUGGAGAACACCCGCUACACCCAGAAUCUACUUCGAUGCCGGUUUCAACCCUCGCAUUCCAAAGUAUGCUCCCAGAGUAGACAGGGGACUAUAUAUGUCGCCUAUGACUCGUGAAGAGGAGACCAUGGAGAUCUCAUACGAUGCUGCAGUAUACAAAAUCAGUCUUGUCAACAGGACUUUGAGCAACUGGAAGAUUGACAUGCAUUUCAAGUACCAUAUCCGGGUGAUUGACGUCUUCCGAGCAAUCUACGACACCUUCUCUCAGCCGUUGACGCGCCAGGAGUACGAAAGUCUAGGAGAGGACGUCAUUAAAGAAUGCUUCCCCGCGUUCAAGCAAAGGUGUAUGGAUAUACCUGAGUUUGCGCAUGCCGAGGAACGAAAGGGAUUCUUGCGGAUUGAUUUGCUGAAGGGCCGCAGGGUCUUCAAAGGCCUUGUUCCCAUUCCCAACAAACCCAACACCUUCGAAAUCCUGUUCGACGACGGCCGUUGA